GAACGAGCCAAUCGGCGGUGGAAGGCAGAGUUGUCCCUGUGGCCGCCAUUAAAGAAAGGAAUCCAUGAAUUCAAAUGGAAACCAACAGGAACCGAGGCUCCAAUAAUGAUCGAAAUAAUCGUUAAAAUAUAGGCCGGCGCCACCUUAUCGAGACGUCCGCGCAGGAUGUGUUCCGUUUCUGGACUGAAUUUGGCGAUGGAGGAGUGAGACAGGACGCUUUUAUUAUUUUUUAUUUUUUAAGCGGACACCGUUUUAGGGCUUAAGGGGGAGGGGGAGAGUUGCUUCUUUGCUCUCCUUUUCUUUUUGUUUUAUCAACAUUUUUCUGCUUCCUUCCACUGGGUUUGACAUGUCGACCUAAAAGACCACGCCGUCUCUUUUUAUUCUUUUUUCCCCCCCUCUCUCUCUCUCCCUCUCUCUCUCUCUGUCGCUCUCUCUCUAAAUCGGGGAAGGUUGUUGAAUUAACUCUCCUCCAGCCAAAUGUUGCAAAAAAUAUCUCUCGCUGAUUAAAGCCGUGCAACAUCUGAGAAAACAACGAUUGUUCUUUAUUUCCACCGGGAAGCGACACGAUGGAGAGUUGGACCUUGCAGUGAAGAAGGAUGAGUUCUUGUUUUGUACCAAACGGGGCCAGCUUGGAGGAUUGCCAUUCCAAUCUAUUCUGUCUGGCUGAUUUGACCGGGAUCAAAUGGAAGAGGUUUGUGUGGCAGGGUCCCACCUCUGCGCCCAUCCUCUUCCCGGUGACGGAGGAGGACCCCAUCCUGUGCAGCUUCAGUCGCUGCCUGAAGGCCGACGUGCUGAGCGUGUGGCGGCGCAGCCAGCGGCAGGGCCGGAGGGAGCUCUGGCUCUUCUGGUGGGGCGACGACCCCAACUUCGCUGAUCUCAUCCACCACGACCUUGCAGCCGAGGACGAUGGGCUGUGGGAGAACGGCCUCUCCUACGAGUGUCGCACUCUGCUGUUCAAAGCCAUCCACAACUUGCUUGAGCGCUGCCUCAUGAAUCGAAGCUUUGUCCGCAUCGGCAAGUGGUUUGUCAAGCCCUACGAGAAGGAUGAGAAGCCCAUCAACAAGAGCGAGCACCUGUCCUGCGCCUUCACCUUCUUCUUACACGGUGAGAGCAACGUGUGCACCAGUGUGGAGAUCAACCAGCACCAGCCCGUCUACCACCUCACAGAGGAGCACCUCACCCUGGCUCAGCAGGCGUCCAGUCCCUUCCAAGUUAUCCUGAGUCCGUUUGGUUUGAACGGGACGCUCACCGGCCAGUCGUUCAAGAUGUCAGACCCGCCCACCCAGAAGCUGAUUGAGGAGUGGAACCAGUUCUAUCCCAUCAGUCCCAGUGCCAAGGAGUGUGUGUCAGAGGACAAGGCGGAGGACAUGGACUGGGAGGAUGACUCUCUAGCCUCGGUGGAGGUCCUCGUUGGCGGUGUUCGUAUGGUGUACCCUGCCUGCCUCGUGCUGGUACCGCAGUCAGACAUCCCUGUCGUGGCCCCUGUGGGGUCCUCCCACUGCACUGCCGUCUACUCGGGUGGCCACCAAGUGCCUGCUUCCCAGCGAGAGCCUGCCAUGUCUUUGGUGACCCUCACCCCUCCGACAUCACCUGAAGAGGCGCAGACAGUGGACUCUCACUCGGCCCAGAAGUGGGUGAAGAUGCCUUCAUCAUCCGAUGCGUUCAGCGUGGACAGAACAAGUCACCAUGGAGGGAAGAUUCCACGCCGGCUUGCCAGUCAGGUGGUGGAGCGUGUCUGGCAAGAGUGCAAUAUCAACCGAGCUCAGAACAAACGAAAGUUUUCGGCUGCCACUAACGGUACCUGUGACGAGGAGCUGAAUGAGAAAGCGGGAGCCUGGGAUUUCGUGGGGCAUUCACAGAGGUCGUACUGCAGCUGUUCGAGAUACAAAUCAGUGAAGCAGCGAGCAGGCAGCACCCCGGGCCAAACGCAGUCAGCGGGCCAGCCCUCCCAGCCUCCCACCAAGCACAAAACCGGAGGAGAGAAGCCAGAAAAAGGCGACAAGCAGCAGAAAAGACCCCAGACGCCCUUCCAUCACCGCAGCCUGACGAGCGACGACGCCUCCAUGGAGACGGAGACGACGGCGGGCCAGCGGCUGUCCAUGAGGAGUCAGGAUGGAAGCCGCUUCUCCAGCAUUCGCUCUGCGGAUGUGUCCGCCAUCCAGAAAGCCCCCCAGCUGCACGGCGGGGCGGUCGGCGCCGGGCCGUCGGAGCAGGCCAACUCCCCCCAACCACCGCCACUUAGCCCCCACCCCUGCGAGCGCGGCGAGGAGCAAGGGGAGGGCAUGAAGAACCCUUCAACCCCCAACAGUCAACACUUCUACCAGCCGCCCCCGGAGCCCUGCCUGGUGGGGGUGAAGGGCGGCGGCGGCGGCUCCGAGGAGCCGGGCGGGCCGGAGGCUCUGAAUCAGCACUUCCACUCCCAUCACCCCCACCCCCACCCCGGAGCCUCGGCCUACUCCGAGCCUCCCGAGCCCUCGGUGUACGUGGGCGCCGCCAUCAACCUGGAGGACGACGGCUCCCACGCCCCGUGGAGGUUAUUUAACCUGCCCCGCAGGAAAGAGGCGGAGCUGCCCACGCCGCUGCUGCCCGGGGACAAGCUGCGGGACGAGACCCCCACGUCGCAGGACAACCUGGUGUCAGUCACAGAGGUGAUGUCCACAUCUAAAUGGCCACUGAAGGUGUCAGAGGAGCGGGUUCAGAUGUAUCGAGCCAGGAGGAACCAGUACCUUUCUGCAGCUGUGACUGAUGGGGACCACGAGCCCGAGGUGGACCCCUACGCCUUCGAGGAAGGAGACGUCAAGUUCACAUUCUCCAACAAGAAGGAUAAAGCAGGCGGGGAGCGCGAGCCCGGCAAAAAACAUAAGGGUGAAGACGGAGGAGCGGGACAGUCGGACGAUGCUCAGCGCGCGGCCGCUCACAACCGCAUGGCCUCCACCAGCCUGAUCCACGAGAUGGACCUGGUGGUGUCCAUCAACGACCUGGACAACCUCUUCAACUCGGACGAGGAUGAUCUGGCGCCUGGUUCCAGGCGACCGGUGAACGGAACGGACGAGAAAUUUGGCAGCAAGGAACCGAAGCCAUCCACUCUGGACCCCGUCUCCUGCAUUAGUUCAGCAGAUCUGCAUCAGAUGUUCCCCACGCCUCCCUCUUUGGAGCAGCACAUCAUGGGCUACUCCCCCAUGAACAUGUGCAGCAAGGAGUACGGCAGCAUGGAGCCCAGCACGGGCAUGACCACACUGGACGGCACCUCGUCGCUGGGAGGCCACUUCAAGAUCGAGGUGGAGGAGAGUUUCUGCAGCCCCAAGCCAUCCGAGAUCAAGGACUAUUCCUUCGUGUAUAAGCCAGAGCUGUGCCAGGCGUUCGUUGGCUGCUCCAUGUUCGCCCCCCUGAAGACGUUGCCCAGCCAGUGUCUUCCCCCCAUCAAGAUCCCAGAGGACUGCGUCUACCGGCCGAGCUGGACCAUGGGCAGGGAGAUGCUCAACCCCGUGCCCGUCAUGACCUUCGUCAACAAGGACAGUAACAUCCCCAGUGUGGGCAGCACCAUGGACCAGGACUACAGUCAGACCUACACGCCUCAGACGCACACGCCCUUCAUGUCGAACAGCGCUCCGCCCAGUAACAGCGGCGCGGGAAUCCUGCCGUCACCAGCCACCCCGCGUUUCUCCGCCCCCACCCCACGAACGCCGCGCACCCCCCGGACGCCCCGCGGCCCCUCCAGCGUCCAGGGCUCGCUCAAGUACGAGAACUCGGACCUGUACUCCCCGGCCUCCACGCCCUCCACCUGCCGGCCGCUGAACUCGGUGGAGCCGGCCACCGUGCCCUCCAUCCCCGAGGCCCACAGCCUCUACGUCACCCUCAUCCUCUCCGAGUCCGUCAUGAACCUCUUCAAGGACUGCAACUUCGACAGCUGCUGCAUCUGCGUGUGCAACAUGAACAUCAAAGGCGCCGACGUGGGCGUGUACCUGAGCGACCCGGUGGGCGAGGCCCAGGAGCCCUGCAGCUGCGGCUUCAGCGCCGUGGUCAACCGGCGCUACGGCAACGGCUCCGGCCUCUUCCUGGAGGACGAGCUGGACAUCAUCGGCCGCGGCUCGGACGUCAGCCGGGAGGCGGAGAAGCGCUUCGAGGAGCUGCGGCUCCACUCGCUGGAGAAGACGGGCGUCGGGAGGGGCGACCGCGUCCCCGACGAGCUGAUCCUGCUCCUGCAGGACCAGUGCACCAACCCCUUCUCGCCCAUAUCGGUCCCGGAGCACGACGCGGCGGCGCGGGGGCCGGGCGGGGCCCCCGUCCCGGCCUGCGUCCGGGUGGAGGAGAGGGACUACCACAGCGACUGCUACAUGGCCCUGGAGCACGGCCGGCAGUUCAUGGACAACAUGUCGGGGGGAAAGGUGGACGAGGCGCUGGUGAAGAGCACCUGCCUUCACCACUGGGCCAAGCAAAACGCAGUGGACGUGAGUGCGCUGUGCUCUCAGGACGUGCUGCGGGUGCUGAUGUCCCUGCAGCCCGUGCUCCAAGACGCCAUCCAGAAGAAGAGGACGGUGCGGUCGUGGGGCGUUCAGGGUCCCCUCACCUGGCAGCAGUUCCACAAGAUGGCCGGCCGGGGUUCAUACGGCACAGACGAGUCCCCGGAGCCUCUCCCCAUCCCCACCUUCCUGGUGGGCUACGAGUACGACUUUGUGGUGCUGUCUCCUUUCGGGCUGCCCUACUGGGAGAAGCUGCUGCUGGAUCCCUUCGGCUCCCAGCGGGACGUCGGGUAUCUGGUUGUUUGUCCCGACAACGAAGCUCUGCUCAGCGGCGCCAAGAGCUUCUUCAGAGACCUCACAGCUGUCUACGAGUCUUGUCGAUUGGGGCAGCACCGGCCCAUCUCCAAAGGCUACCCCGACGGCUUAGUUCUUGUAGGUGGCAGCGGAUCCAAGAGCCUGGUGGAUCAGCCAGUCAGCGAGUGGUUCCUCAAGGCUGCCAGUGGCAACAGCGACGCCUUCACCAAGCUCAAACUCUAUGCACAAGUCUGCCGCCACAACCUCGCUCCAUACCUCGCGUCACAGCCAUUAGACAGCUCCCUCAUCACGCAGCCCAGCCCCCCGCCCUCAUCCAGCCAAACGCCAUCCACACAAGUGUCGAGCUCCUCCUCCUCCUCCUCCUCCUCCUCCUCCUCCUCCUCCUCCUCCUCCUCCUCCAACGCAGCCGGCCAGCAGGGCACCACGAACAUCGCCAGCUCCUCGGUCCCCAACAGCACCACCAACACCAACAGCAGCAGCAACAACAGCGGGUCCGGAAACAGCUCUGCGUCAUCCAACAGCCUGGUGACGUCUUCGGGCCAGCCGGGCGGCGCCAUGCAGUCCGCCAAGCCCAACGCCUUCCCGCCGUUUGGAAACAUGGGCAGCCAGAGCCAGGGAGGCGGACAGCUGGGACAGCAGGCUGGUUCCCAGAACUCUGGCACCUCAGGGGAGAACUCCAGCAGCCAGGCACCGGGGUCCACAGAGCCCCCCGAAAGCACUUUGGAACGAGAGAAAGUGGGCGUGCCCACCGACGGGGAGUCCCACGCCAUCACGUAUCCACCCGCCAUCGUUGUUUACAUCGUGGACCCCUUCAGCUACGAGGAGGCGGACGGCGGGCCGGGCCCCGUGCCGGCCCAGUCCAGCGUGUGGACGCUGGGUUUGCUACGCUGCUACCUGGAGAUGCUUCAGUUUCUGCCGCCGCACAUCCGCAAUUCCAUCUCAGUACAGAUCGUCCCGUGCCAGUACCUGCUGCAGCCGGUACGAGGCGAAGACCGCCACAUCUACGCCCAGCACCUCAAGUCCCUGGCGUUCUCCGUCUUCGCCCAGUGCAGGCGGCCGCUGCCCACCUCCACCCACGUCAAGUCCCUGACGGGCUUUGGGCCGGGCCUGGCCGUGGACACCGCGCUGAGGAGCCCGGAGAGGCCGGAGUGUCUGCGCCUGUACACGCCGCCGUUCAUCCUCGCGCCGGUCAAAGACAAGCAGACGGAGCUCGGGGAGACGUUCGGCGAGGCCUCGCAGAAAUACAACGUGCUGUUCGUGGGAUACUGUCUGUCCCACGACCAGCGGUGGCUCCUGGCGACGUGCACCGACCUGUACGGGGAGCUGCUGGAGACGUGCAUCAUCAGCAUCGACGUGCCGAACAGGGCGCGGAGGAAAAAGGGCUCGGUCCGGCGGCUCGGCCUGCAGAAGCUGUGGGACUGGUGCUUGGGCCUGGUGCAGAUGACGUCCGUGCCGUGGAGGGUGGUGAUCGGCCGACUGGGCAGGAUCGGACACGGAGAGUUGAAAGACUGGAGCAUUCUGCUGAGCAGGAGGAACCUCCAGUCGCUCAGCCGCCGCCUCAAGGAGAUGUGCCGGAUGUGCGGCAUCUCCGCCUCGGACACUCCCAGCAUCCUCAGCGUGUGCCUGGUUGCCAUGGAGCCGCAGGCAUCUUUCAUCAUCAUGCCAGACUCUGUGUCCACCGGCUCGGUGUUCGGCCGCAGCACCACGCUCACCAUGCAGACGUCCCAGCUGAGCACGCCCCAGGACACCUCCUGCACCCACAUCCUGGUCUUCCCCACCUCCGCCUUCGUCCAAGUCGCCAGCUCCAACUACACCAACAUCGACACCAACCUCGACAUCCUCAACGCCACCACGGACGGGUCCGAUGCCAUCGGGAUCUUUGACCUGCUGGACCAGGAGAACGAGUUAGUGGACCCAGACAUCAUCAACAUCUCGCCCACCACGUCCCCGGUACACUCCCCCGGCUCGCACUACCACCACGGAGGCGACGGCAGUAAGGGUCAGAGCACCGACCGGAUGGAGUCUCACGAAGAGGUUCCCAACCUGCUGCAGCAGCCUCUGGCUCUCGGGUACUUCGUCUCCACGGCCAAGGCCGGCCCGCUGCCCGACUGGUUCUGGUCCGCGUGUCCGCAGGCGCAGAACCAGUGUCCUCUCUUCCUCAAGGCCUCUUUGCACCUCCAUGUGUCUUCAGUGCAAUCAGACGAACUGCUGCACAGCAAACACUCCCACCCCCUCGACUCCAAUCAGACCUCAGAUGUACUCAGAUUCGUGCUGGAGCAGUACAACGCCCUCUCCUGGCUGACGUGCGACCCGGCCACGCAGGACCGCCGAUCGUGUCUGCCCAUCCACUUCGUGGUGCUCAACCAGAUGUACAACUUCAUCAUGAACAUGUUGUAGCCGCGGAGGACACAUUUCCGAGGCGCAGGAGGAACCGCCGAGCCGCUCCGGGCCCUCGCUCCCGCUCCUUGUGCUCCAGAGACACGCACACCACAGAGAAGGGAAUCCGGAGAGAGCGGCGGGUCGGCUGUGGCGGUCUGUAGCGCGGCGGCGCGGCCGGUCGCCGGUCUGUAACCUUAUCGGAAGAAAAGGGACGAAUUCGAUCAAAGGAGGAAAAAAAAAAAAGCUCGGUUUUGAGACGUGAAAUUCCUUUUUAAUUCCGUUUGGAUGAGAUACGAUCCAAAUGAAAUGCCUGCAUCUAUCUUAUUUAUUGUAAGUUUUUAAAUGUAUAAUUUGUCUUAUUUCUUAACCUCUUUUAUAUAUAAAAAAUGGCGAAGGUUUAUACCACCUUCCUGCUUUAAAGCAAUUGGUCGAAGAUAUAUGUAAUCGUCUUAAUUGAUAAAAAAAAAACAAAAACAACCAGGACAAAAAAAAAACUCCCAUAAAAAUGAGAUAAAGUUCCC